AAUAAACCCACUUCAACGUAGAGUCGCCAUUAGAUUUGUAUCAUCAUCAUGGGGAAUGCUGCGAGCGGCGAGACGGAGCCCGUGAGGCUGAAGGAGGAGCUGGCGGACAUGCAUAGAUCCUUAGAGGCACUAAGUGUGCGUUGUCGACCUCCACCCGUGCUUCACCCCGGUCAAAUUUCACUCGAUAAUGUGAUAAUUAGCACUCGAGAGGAUGUGAAGGUGGUUUUAGGCCCCGUAGUGGGUAAAGUGGAAUUCCAAUGCGCUCGAGUGCUUCUGGAAGUGAAUCGACUUGCAGUUGUGACGGCUCAUUUAUCAACGCUAGAUGCUGCCACGAAUUCCAUGGUAGAGGUGCCACAGUAUCGAGUUUCAGUGCAAUGUGAAGCAAACAAACCUGCUGUCUUCGUAUUCGAUCGGUUGGUACCGGGUAAAUACUAUACAGUGACAUUUGGGGGAGUUCGAAAGGAGGACGUCGAGACGCAUCGAGCGAGCUUUCAGACUCAGAGUCUAGAGCACGGGAACAAGUUGAACGUCGUGGUUGUGAGUGGGGAUAAUGUGUACGAUCUUGAAAGCGGAGAAACGGCUUUGUGGAAGGAUAUUCGGGAGCGGGUGGAGCAGAGCGAGUCAAAAAUCGUACUGCAUCUGGGAGGACAAGUCGCGAUGGACCGGAUGUUCGACAGCGCGGUGCAGACGCUUUUACUCCAUGGAGGAGGCUUGACAUAUAAUGCAACAGACUGGUCGAUGAUGGAGGCAAAGGCCAUGGAUAUACUUCGAUCAGCGUACAGAUCGCAAUGGACACUAGCACCUAAUAUGAAAUUCGUACUCGCGAAUGCCAGCAACCUCAUGAUGUGGAAUGACGCUGAUAUUUACCCGCGAUUUACAACGCGCGAUGAGUUCUACAUUGACCACAAACAGCCGACGCUACGGAUGCAAAUCAUUCGAACUGUCACGCGAUGCGCUCGACGGCUUUACCAUGAAUACCAACGGCAGCUUUGGGAUGAUGACUAUAAGCGGCUCGUCGAACGUGAGGCUGAAAUGAUAGUCAUAGCUGAGAAAGCUUUGGCCUCUACAGCUCAAAUCUUCACGCUGUCGAAUCAAAUCCCUAAAACUGCCGAGGAGCUGGAAGUGCAGAAGAAGCGACACGACAUUGACGGCGCGAGACGAGUGGAGAAAAAUCUUCGAGCUUUGGAAGCUGAAAAAUUAAAACUGGAGAAGCAAUUGGUGAGUUUCAAUCAGCUUUUAGCUCCUCAACGAGGAGAAGAGUUUCUAUUCGAAGUGGGGGGUAUUGGUAUUCUCGUAUUGGACUUACGUAGCAGCCGAUUGGAGCCUGGUGGAUCUCAGGCGCGUGAAAACGAACUGCUGAGUAACGUACAGUGGAAAUUCGUUGAGGAAACUCUGGAGAACGCUACUAUUCAACUACUAUUGGUUUGUUCGGAGUCCCCACUCAUAGACGACGCUGAGCUGGAAGCAAAACUUUCCGUUGAUGCUCUAUCUGGCGAAGUUGAAACUUCAUGGAGUGCGAAUAGUGCAGCACAAACUCGUCUUUUGUCCAUGUUAUUUGACUGGAAAGUUCAGCAACCUAAUCGAAAAUUUGUUGUGCUUGGUGGUGCGAAUCCAGUGCGUUGCUUUGCCAGGAUGCGUGUGAAAGACUUAAAGUUACGAACUGAAGCGGAACAAGUUACUAUCGGAGCGAUUUCCGCCAUACCUCACAAAUUAAUGGUUCCAAAGAGGAGAGGACUUCUCCACGAUCGAUUCGAGUUCGAACACCUAGAAGAAGUUAUUAACAAGAAAUGUUUCCUAGAACUAAAACUGGAGGGCGGCCAAAGCAACAUCGUUAAUAUAAACCGAGUUGGCAAAGAUCAGCAAUGUGAAAAUCUCUCAAAAGUUCUGAUCGGCCCGGUUGUUGGAUGGGUAGAUGAUUGGUGUGCUGUGAUCCUGCUGGAAGUCGACAGAGAUGCCGACGUUGUGUGCUUGGUGGAGAACCCUUUGACACACGAGAGUCGUCGUGUCUUCCAGCGCUUUUUUGCUGAUCAAGCCAACUCAUUUUUCAUCACACAUUUGCGAUCGGGUCACUAUUAUCGAGUUUUUUUUGAAAAUAUUCAACAUCCAGAGCAAUAUCUCGCUAGUUUUACUACGGUGGCCAAGUCUCCACAGCAAUUCGACGUUGUGGCGGUAUGCAACGAUAACAAACUAUAUCAAAUUCCAGGGAUGAACGACAAUAAAAUGCCAGAUUUGUGGCAUACAAUUGCGGAGAAUACAGCGGAAAUGCCUUUUGUUGGUCUCAACUUGACUGUGCACUUGGGUGGCCAAUUUUUCCCGGAAUCCAACGUUCACAUCCACGAGGCAUUGGUGUAUGCAAGCAACAAUGUGGUUUCACCGAAUCCACCCAUUGAUAGUGAAGACUCGACGACUGCCAUCAUUCUUAGUCGGUUUCGAGAAAUGUAUCGAGCCACGUGGAAUGCCCCUGGUGUCCGUGAAAGUCUAGCACACGGUGCACAUCUCAUAUUGACGAAUGAAUACGAUCAACUUCCAGCCAACAAUCAAGACGGUGAGGAUCUGCAGAAUGUCAGUGUCCGAGAAUUGCUGACAAAAUUCCACAUUCGGUAUCAAAAUUUGCUUCUUCCGCCUUCAAAGCGUCUAAAAGGUGACGAGGCGAGGUGGCGAAAGCCUCUCUGUCACAGUUUUGGGGCAUUUGGGCUGUUUAUACUUCCGAUCCAGGAACUAGGAGGCUCGUGUAUCCACGAAUGCACUUGGGCAGCGCUUAAAGGUUUACUGGCGACACCAAGGCUGUCAACACUUCUGUUGGUAUCAACUGAGACGCUAUUUGAAGAAUCUCUUAAAGAUCUUAGGGGCAGAGCGAGCAUGGACCAUUCGUACCGUCGCAAGUUUGGAUUCUAUCGACAAGACGCAGCAUGCUUGCUUGAACUACUUUUCAACUGGCAGCGCGAUGAUCAAGCCACUGAGACAACAUCGCAAGUGAAGAAGCAGGUUGUUCUCCUUAGCGGCAGUCGCUAUCAGAGCUUUAGCUCGGUGAUUCGUGAAAUUUACAGCAAUGAGAGCCCGAUUAACAGCACAGUGUCCGCUAAUGUACCAAGCGAGGACAACCUUACCAGCACGACGUCCCCUAAUUUACCCAGCGGGGACAACAAGGCGCCCUCUAGUUUACCCAGCGAGGAACCCCUUCCCAACACGGAGUCCCCUAAUUUACUCAGCGCGGACCCUCUAACCAGCACAACGUCCCCUAAUUUACACAACGAGGACCCUCUAACCAGCAAGGCGUCUCCUAUUUUACCCACCGCAAGCACGCGAGUGCUAUUCCAGCACGUAGUAGGUCCACUACAACAAUCGCUUUCUGGCCUUCGUCCAAGCGUGUUGUUGACACAAGGAACUCUACUUGGACGCUAUACGUGUCGCCACUCUUUCGUACAAAAUAUACCGCCUACUGCUACAGCGGCUUUGAGUACCGACGCGGACACAAGUGACGCGGAUGCUGUUUGUAAAGACACCGACAUGGAGUUGCGUAGUGACGUAACUAGCCAACUGGUUCACGUACAACUUGCAAUCAGCAAGAAGACCCAAACGGACGCAUUGGAAACGGAGCCUACAGAACACUCAACUUCUUACGGGAUAUGCAACUUCGUAUCGAGCGGUCCGAUUGAAACAGAUAGAAACUGCGAUGAUGAAAAGCCUGAGUCGCUUUUUCUUAGCGAAAACCAACUAAGUUGCUGCCAGGUUGGCAAUUGGCAGCUGUCAACCGUGCUGCCCUCUUGGCUUCGAGAGCUUCUGGUUCAAGCUCCUACUGAAAAUGAAGAUGAAGAAAUAAAGGAGCGCAUGACGUAUCUACGCGAGAGAGAAAGUGAGAUACAAUCCGCGUUCCAGCAGAGCGCUAAUCUUGUAGACGGGUUGGUGACGCUGUCAAGAGCAAGACAAUGUGCUGCUGCUCUCACCGACUCAUUUGAGUCAGCACAUCGCGUAGGUGAAAGUCACUUUCGCGAAAAAUUCCCAGACGCUCCAACACGGUUUAUCGUGGCAUUUACGCUUCAACAGCUGCAGACAACAGAGCCUCCGAUCCAACCACUGUUGUCUAUUGGUGCUAUCGAGUUGGAGCAAUACGCACUGAUUUUCCACCAUAGCUUCAUGAACACUUGGCUCUUCAAUGAACGCCUCACUCAACUUUCGAGAUAGAUUGAGUAGUAGAAUAAUAG